GAGGGGGAGGAGGGAAGAUGGCGGCGGCGCUGUGACUGUACACUGGGCCAGGCACGGGCAGAGAGGGCGGGGACACCGGGAGACAGCGGAGAGCAGCGGCCGGGACACUGAGGCACAGGGCCCGGGCUCCUCCUCCCGCCCACAGAAGAUACCCGCAGCCCUCCCAGGGAUCCCUCCCGCGCUCAGCCCGGGGAUUUCUGUCACGAGAGUCCGAGGAUCGGGCCCGCGGUCCGGGCUGAGGACGGAAGAAGCAGUUACGGGUGUCAGGAAAGCCCGGGGAUCUGGCCUAGCUGGCCGGGGCACGGGUGUAACGAGAGCAGGCUCUUCCAGCCGUGUGCUGGGGGUCCCCAAAGCCCGGAGAGGGGGCUGGGCCGCCAGGAAAUCCCGGAGGUCGGGCCCAGUGCACCGGGUAACGGCAAUCAGGAAAGCCCGGGGACCGGGCCCUGCUCACCGGCUGCCGGGUGUCAGGAGAGGCCGGGGACCGGGGCCUGCUCACCGGCUGCCGGGUGUCAGGAGAGGCCGGGGACCGGGCCCUUCUCACCGGCUGCCGGGUGUCAGGCGAGGCCGGGGACCGGGGCCUGCUCACCGGCUGCCGGGUGUCAGGCGAGGCCGGGGACCGGGCCCUGCUGAGCGGGGGACGGGUGUCAGGCGAGGCCGGGGAUCGGGCCUCCAGCAGCAGCGGGCCGCCAGGAUGACUGACACCCGGAGACGGGUGAAGGUGUACACGCUGAAUGAGGACCGGCAGUGGGACGACCGGGGCACCGGCCAUGUGUCCUCCGGCUACGUGGAGAGGCUGAAGGGCAUGUCGCUGCUGGUGAGGGCGGAGAGCGACGGCUCACUGCUGCUGGAAUCCAAAAUUAACCCCAACACGGCUUACCAGAAACAACAGGACACUUUGAUAGUGUGGUCAGAAGCGGAGAACUAUGACCUGGCUCUGAGUUUUCAGGAGAAAGCUGGUUGUGAUGAGAUCUGGGAGAAGAUCUGUCAGGUCCAGGGGAAAGACCCGUCCGUGGACAUCACUCAGGACCUGGUUGAUGAGUCGGAAGAGGAGCGAUUUGAGGAUAUGUCCUCCCCAGGCUUGGAGCUGCCAUCCUGUGAACUUGGGCGGCUGGAAGAGAUCGCUGAGGUCGUGGCAUCCUCGUUACCAUCUCCGCUUCGGCGUGAGAAACUGGCGUUGGCCCUGGAAAAUGAGGGCUACAUCAAGAAACUCCUUGAACUUUUCCACGUGUGUGAAGACUUGGAGAACGUUGAAGGAUUACACCACUUGUAUGAAAUUGUCAAGGGCAUCUUCCUCUUAAACCGAACUGCACUCUUUGAAGUCAUGUUUUCUGAAGACUGCAUCAUGGACAUCAUUGGCUGCCUGGAGUACGACCCCACCUUGUCCACGGAGCGCAAACACCGGGAGUUUCUUACAAAAACCGCAAAGUUUAAGGAGGUGAUUCCAAUAUCGGACCCUGAACUGAAGCAGAAAAUACACCAGACCUAUAGAGUGCAGUACAUACAGGACGUGGUGUUACCCACCCCCUCCGUCUUCGAGGAAAACAUGUUGUCUACGCUCCACUCCUUCAUAUUUUUUAACAAAGUGGAGAUAGUUGGGAUGUUACAGGAAGAUGAAAAAUUUCUUACAGAAUUAUUUGCGCACCUCACAGAUGAAGCGACGGACGACGGGAAGAGGCAGGAGCUGGUGAAUUUUCUGAAAGAGUUCUGUGCUUUCUCCCAAACAUUACAACCUCAAAACAGAGACGCGUUCUUCAAGACACUGUCCAACAUGGGUAUUCUGCCCGCCCUGGAAGUCAUUCUAGGUAUGGACGACACACAGGUCCGCGGUGCAGCCACCGAUAUAUUCUCCUACUUGGUUGAGUACAACCCAUCCAUGGUCCGGGAGUUUGUGAUGCAGGAGUCUCAGCAGAACGAUGAUGACAUCUUGCUGAUUAAUCUCAUAAUUGAGCACAUGAUUUGUGACACAGACCCUGAGCUGGGAGGCGCUGUGCAGCUCACAGGACUGCUGCGGACCUUAGUAGAUCCAGAUAACAUGCUUGCGACAACCAGUAAAACAGAGAAGACGGAAUUCUUAGGUUUCUUCUACAAACAUUGCAUGCACGUCCUUACUGCCCCCUUACUGGCCAACACUACAGAGGAGCAGCCCAGCAAAGAUGAUUUCCAGACGGCCCAGCUGUUGGCACUGAUCCUGGAGCUGCUGACGUUUUGUGUUGAGCAUCAUACCUACCACAUAAAGAAUUACAUCAUCAACAAGGACAUACUGCGGAGAGCUCUGGUGCUCAUGUCUUCUGCGCACUCCUUCCUGGCCCUGUGCUCACUGCGGUUCAUGCGGAAAAUCGUUGGCCUGAAGGAUGAAUUCUACAACCGAUACGUCGUGAAAAGCUUCCUGUUUGAGCCCGUGGUUAAAGCCUUUCUCAACAAUGGUUCCCGGUAUAACCUCCUGAACUCUGCGAUCAUCGAGAUAUUUGAACACGUCAGAGUGGAGGAUAUAAAAUCAUUAACUGCUCACAUAAUUGAGAAUUACUGGAAAGCGCUGGAGGAUGUGGAUUAUGUACAGACCUUCAAAGGACUUAAACUGCGAUAUGAUCAGCAACGCGAAAGACAAGACAACCCCAAGUUAGACAGCAUGCGAUCCAUCCUCCGCAAUCACCGCUACAGGCGAGACGCCCGCUCCAUAGAGGACGAGGAGGAAAUGUGGUUUAACACAGACGAGGACGACGUUGAGGACGGAGAUCCCCUGGUGCUUCCGUCUGACAAAAUAAAGAGCAACGAUGAUCUGAUGGAUCCUAUCAGCAAGUUCAUGGAGCGGAAGAAAUUGAAGGAAAGUGAAGAGAAGGAGGUGCUUCUGAAGACAAACCUCACUGCCCGGCAGAGCUCCAGUUUUAAGCUUACCUUCUCUGGUGUGACCAAGACGAACCUCACCAGCCAAUCAGCGGCGAGCAGCUUACCGUUGUCUCCUGGUUCCCCCGGCUCCCCUGGUUCCCCCGGAUCCGUUUCCAAAAGCACACCCCAGAUAGCAGCUAUUACUACAAAGGGAGGCCUGGUUGGACUGGUGGAUUAUCCUGAUGAUGACGAGGAGGAGGAUGACGAAGAUGAAGAGGAGAAGGAAGAGACUCUGCCAGCCUCUAAGAAAGCAAGGCUCGGCUCCUAAUACCAGCGUCUGUUUGGGUAGCUCCCAUGUAACAAGUGGUCUCCCACCACAACAGAAAACUGACCACAGCUGCACACAGCGCUGUGAGCAAAUCCAACACAAUCCAACAUGUAGAUAUCUGCUGAUAAGUGCCAAUUCCCAGGAGCACCAGGAGAGGGACGAUGACAAAUGUCAGACAGGACUACAGAAGCCUCGUGCUCUCCCACAGACCACACAUUGCCCUUUUCUCAGGGAAGGAAAAAAGAAGUCAAAUAAAAAAGCCAACAGGGCAGGAGUUUCUUGUUGAACUCUGGAUUGGCUGGUCAGAUGCUCCUAAGCUCAAAGCGGAAGGAAGAGUGAGACGGCGAAACGCGCCGUUCAGGAGGGGAGAGCCUGCAGCUAUACGAUGGAUGCCAGCACUUCUGUUUGGGCGGAAUGUUUCUGCCUAUUGUAGGAUUCACACAUCCUGAACAUGUUUCUCAUUACAUUUGCCACAACAGGUUUUAAGACCCUGGGUGGGGUGAGCCGAUUAUAACCUUUUUCCUCCAUUAUUUUCUUUUUAUUCAAUUUUUUCCCCCUCUUUCUUUUUGUUUCUUUUUCAACUCCGUGCCCCCAUAUGCCCGUUAACUGCAGCUUUCUUUUGGAGGUGUAGGGGGAAAAAAUCUCCACCCCAUCUUGAUUAAAAUUUGAUUGCAAUUCUA